GUUUCGUGAGGAACAAACUUCAGAUGUUUCUUAGCGUGAUCCAGCGCCUCUAGGUAGCCUCCUCACUCUACCACUGCGGCGUGAAACCCUAACCCUGGUCGAGCGCAAGGGCGGAGUGAAUCCCUCAGCCGCACUGCCCGAGAUGGAGGACGAACGGACUCUGGCGACCGUAACCCAUCCGAGCGGUCUGCCUGACGACUGGAGCAAAGAGGACGAAGAGAUGAUCGUGGAGGAGCAUCCUCCGGAAGCUGCUGACAACUCCCACGAUUCGCCACCCCAAGAUCUGAAAGAAGAGGUAACUUCACAACUAAAGUCAUUGCAACUGGAAGCAAGAGUGAAGGAAAAGGAGUCAAUUGCAAAUGAUUUAAUUGAAGAGAUUGAGGAGCUUGAUGAGGAAGAAGACAAGAAGCGACACUUGAAUGUAGUUUUCAUUGGCCAUGUUGAUGCUGGGAAAUCUACAAUUGGAGGGCAGAUACUUUUUCUUAGUGGUCAGGUUGAUGACCGAACAAUUCAGAAAUAUGAAAGGGAAGCUAAGGACAAAAGUCGAGAAAGCUGGUACAUGGCCUAUAUCAUGGACACAAAUGAGGAAGAACGGAUCAAGGGAAUAACUGUUGAAGUUGGGAGAGCUCAUUUUGAAACCGAAAGUACAAGAUUCACAAUUUUAGAUGCACCGGGUCACAAGAGUUAUGUACCUAACAUGAUCAGUGGUGCAUCUCAAGCUGAUAUAGGUGUCCUUGUUAUAUCUGCUCGCAAGGGGGAGUUUGAGACAGGAUUUGAGAAAGGUGGACAAACACGUGAACAUGUCUUGCUUGCUAAAACAUUGGGUGUAGUUAAGUUAAUUGUUGUUGUCAACAAAAUGGAUGAUUCUACUGUGAAAUGGUCAAAAGAAAGGUUCGAUGAAAUAGAAUCUAAGAUAGUUCCCUUUUUGCGGUCUUCUGGCUACAAUGUAAAAAAAGAUGUCCAAUUCCUUCCUAUUUCUGGUUUGAUGGGUAGUAACAUGAAGACAAGAUUAGACAAAAGCAUUUGUGAUUGGUGGGAUGGCCCAUGCUUAUUUGAGGUUUUUAAUUCUAUUGAAGUUCCACCACGUGAUCCUAAUGGCCCCUUGAGGAUGCCAAUUAUUGAUAAAUACAAGGACAUGGGAGUAGUGGUCAUGGGGAAAGUGGAAUCUGGAGGCAUCCACGAAGGUGAUAGUUUGUUGGUCAUGCCUAACAAGGCUAAUGUCAAAGUUCUUGCAAUAUUUUGUGACGAAAAUAAAGUCAAGCGCGCUGGCCCUGGUGAGAAUAUUAGAGUAAGAUUGUCUGGGGUUGAAGAAGAAGAUAUACUUUCUGGUUUUGUACUCACAAGUGUUGCAAAUCCAGUAGGUGCAGUUAAUGAAUUUAAAGCUCAGUUACAGAUUCUUGAGUUGCUGGAUAAUGCCAUUUUUACUGCUGGAUACAAGGCUGUCUUACACAUCCAUGCUGUUGUCGAGGAAUGUGAAAUUGUUGAACUAAUUGAAGAAAUCGACACAAGAAAGAAGAAAGAAACUGAUGCUAGGAAGAAGAGGUCAAAACACAAGCCUCUUUUUGUUAAGAAUGGUGCUGUUGUUGUUUGCCGCAUUCAGGUGAAUAACUUAAUUUGCAUCGAAAAAUUUUCUGAUUUUGCCCAGCUAGGAAGGUUCACACUUAGAACUGAAGGUAAAACUGUAGCUGUAGGGAAAGUGGUUGAACUUCCACCAGCAGGAAAUGCUACAUUUGUGUAAAUGAGGAACUGGAACUCAGACAGUCCAUCACUACUUGAGCCUAUUAGCUUAGGCUGAGGGAUGUUGCGUUUUGCUCGACUUAUGGCAUCGAAAGAAAAAAAAAAAAAAAAAAAAAGACAAAGUUGCAAAAGUAUUACAAAUUUCAGAUGUUGCAUGGAGUGCUUGCUUAAAAAAUUUUCCCUUGUCGUUGAGCCCGUGUCAGAUUUUGAUGUGGCUAAAGAUUUUGGACAUUUUUUUAGGUGCUUCUGCCUGAUACUCAUAAAGAGUUUGUAUCAAUGAAUACCAUAUUUCACUAGUUGCUUGUGCAUUAGAAAUA